CCGAGCAUGCGCACUCCGUUACAUUCUGAUUGGCGGACCCGCGAGUCCCGUCUCACCCUUGGUGGAGGCGGCCCAGGUUCUGGGUCCGGAGCUCAGCGCCCAGCUCCUUACCGUCUUCGGGCUCCACUGUUGACCACCGUGGAGGCGGUGCAAGACUCGGAUUGCAAGGCAACCUGGCCGUCGGACUCAGCAAGGACGGGCAGAGCGGCUUUGGUUUCAUCCGGGCGCUCCAGCCUUCGUUCCGCCUUACCCUCCUCCAACGACCUCCCUAUGUCCGGCAUGUUUUCCAGGGCCCAGGUGAGGCGGGUUCUGCAGCGGGUGCCCGGGAAGCAGCGAUUCGGCGUCUACAGGUUCCUGCCCUUCUUUUUUGUCCUCGGAGGAACGAUGGAGUGGAUCAUGAUUAAAGUGCGCGUGGGCCAGGAGACCUUUUAUGACGUCUACCGCAGAAAAGCCUCAGAAAGACAGUAUCAGAGAAGGCUGCAAGAUGCAUCAGAGACUGAACUUCAGCAGUCAAUAAAGGGACCUUCCUGACCCUGAGAUCAAACCUGCAUCUCCUGCAUUGGCACGUGAUUUCUUUACCACUAAGCCACCCGGGAAGCCCCUGAAGAAUGGAUGGAAACUUCUGAAUUUCUUUGGAAACUUGGCAAGUUAUUUCAGUAUGUACUGAAAAUAUGUUAAGCCUGCUGAACUAAAUGAGUAACUUGACAGAUUAGAAACAUGUCUUCCAAUAAUACUUUUAUCUUUUUUAAAAAUCGAGAUGAAAUAAUUUUUAAUUUGCCCAAAUACAUCUAUGCUAUGCCCAAAUGCCUGAAAAAUAGUUGAAAAAAUUCAGAAUAUACUUAUUGAGAUAGCAUUGAUGUUUAUGAUAAAAUGAAGCUUUGAAACUCAGCCAAAAAAAAAAAAAUUUCAGUACAUGAUAUCAAUAUACAAAACUGCAAAUGCUUAAGCUAAAUAUAUAUUUUACUUAAAAAGGCCUUCCUCAGGUUUGGUUCCAGAUCACAAUAAAGCAAAUCGCAUUAAUUUGUUUCCCAAUGCAAGUAAAAGUUCCAUUUAUACUAUACCAUA